UCUACGGUGAAGAUGUUUCAACAAAUGGAUUUUUUUUUUCUCCCGACAGGUGAGACGUAUAAAGGAACAACAAGUUACCUGUGUGAUGACUCCGCCCACACCUGAGCCAACACCACCCACAUUAACUUUAUAAAACACAGAGACUCAGACUCUGGAUGUAGGAAACAUCGUUAACCUGCAGCAGCACACCUGGGAGCCACCUCUCGACAGAUGAUUGUGAUCCGCUGGUCCAGUCGCCGCUGUGAUGUUUGUCUCUCGUUGUCUCCGUCUCGUCCUGCGAGACGUCCUCUCCCAGUCCUGCCUGCAUCAUUUCCUGCUGGAGUUUGUCGGCACCGCCCUCUUCCUGUCUGCCAGCCUAUCAGCUGUUCUGAUAAAGGCUGACCUGAGGUCGACAGGUCCGACCAAUCACAGCCGUCCCCCUGAGGGUUCUCCCCCCUCUGGGUUUGUGGGAUGUCCCCUGCAGGUUGUGUUGGUCUUUGGGCUAUCCGUUGCCAUGGCAGCGCUGUCCGUGGGUGGAGCAGUUCACCUGAACCCUGCAGUUUCCAUAGCGAUGGCUCUGACCCUGAGGCUCCGCCUGUGGAGAGCAGCGCUGUACGUGAUUGGCCAGCUGCUGGGGGGCGUGGCCUCCGCGGCGCUGCUGCUGGGGCUGAUGGGAGAUGUGGCGCCUGCCGUGAACCAGGUGACCGCCGGCGUCCGGCUGCAUCAGGCCGUCACCAUGGAAACGCUCAUCACACUCCAGCUGGUCCUGGUCGUCAUGGUGACCACGGAGCUCCCGCUACCUGAGGUGGCCACGCCUCUAUUGGUCGGUCUGACUGUCAGUCUGGGUCACCUGGUGGCUGUAAGUCCCGCCCACCUGCCCGCUGGCCCUUUAAGCCCAAUCAGCCAAUCAGCCAAUCAGCUUCUGCUUCCUCUGCAGGUCGGCGCCACAGGAUGUGGGAUGAACCCAGCGCGCUCCUUUGGUCCUGCCGCCGUCACACUCGACUUCCGGAACCACUGGGUGUUCUGGGCGGGGCCUAUUCUCGGGGCGUGUGUGGCCGCCCUCCUCAACGACCUGCUGCUGCGGCCGCGCUGGCGUUGCCCUGGAGAUUGGUGGGCGGAGCUAAAACAGCUGUAUGUGCUGACAGACAAACAGCAGCAGGGGGCGCUGACACAGCUUCCGUAGUGCACCUGAGCAGCGGAGAUCGUCCUCUUCAUCGUCGCCAUCAUCGCAAACGCUUUCGAAGGAGCUGGACUAAAUUCAUUCUUCUCGUUUAAUGAUGCUGAAAGAUGUUUUUAAACCUCUUUACCUCACAAAUUAGAGCAUCAAUCCAACUCCAGCAACCAUGCAGCCCAGAACUUUAUCAUUUCUAGUUUCAUUUGAUUAUAAUGUUUUCAGCAUUUUACACAACUAUGCAUAUUUUGCAAAACAUGCAUACAUUAUGCACAAAAUAUGUGUCAGGUGUUUGUCUGAACCUGAUAAAAAGAACUGUCAAAUAUCCAGUAACUUGUUGUAGCAGGUGCUACAUUUAAUCAAAUAUUAGUGGACAUGCAUGCUUCCUUUGAGCUUGUAUGUAUAAUUUUGAACCUGUGUGGAUCAAAUCUCUAAUAAAUUUAAA